AUGGCGGCGAGACAGCAACCCGGCGGUCGCCCUGGGGCGGCUAAGUUUGCGCAAUUCAAGUUGGUACUGUUGGGUAUGGUCCCGCUUCUGGUAUUGCGUAAUACUCGCCUGAUGCUGAGAAAGGACAGGUGAAUCCGCUGUAGGAAAGAGCUCGCUGGUACUGCGCUUCGUCAAGGUAUGAGGCUUAUCCUAUCCUACCCUAGCAAACAUCAUCUGACCCCCCACAAAGGACCAGUUCGACGACUAUCGAGAGAGUACCAUCGGAGCCGCAUUCCUCACCCAAACGAUCGCCCUUGAUGACCAAACGACUGUCAAAUUCGAGAUAUGGGAUACCGCAGGUCAGGAGAGAUACAAGUCGCUGGCACCGAUGUACUACAGAAAUGCAAAUUGCGCUGUAGUGGUGUACGAUAUCACGCAGGCGGUAAGAGCGCUGUGAACCUCAUGGCAUGGACAAGUACUGACUGCGUCAAUCAGAGCUCAUUAGAUAAGGCCAAGGCAUGGGUGAAGGAGCUACAGCGACAGGCCAACGAGAACAUCAUCAUUGCACUGGCCGGUAACAAAGCCGACUUGGUGGCCGAACAACCCGACAAGCGCGCAGUCCCAACCGCCGAUGCCGAAUCGUAUGCCAAGGAGGCCAACCUCCUCUUCUUCGAGACAAGCGCCAAGACAGCAGAGAACGUCAAGGAGCUGUUCACAGCGAUCGCCAAGAAACUUCCAAUCGAGCAGGCGAGUCAGCGAGGUAUGAGAGGAGCUGCUGGAAGACCCGGGGGCGUUGAUUUGGGAUCGCGACAAGACCCUGGAGCAUCGAGUGGAGGUCCGGGAGGCUGCAACUGCUGA